CAUCAAUUUAUAGGGUCGAAUUAAUGAAAAUAGAUUAAUAUAAAAUGUAUAAGAUCUUUUGUUCGAAUCUGGGUAUAAUCAUAAAAGGAUCACAAACAGCGAAGCAUAUAUAUUAAAUUUUUUUAUUUAUAAGAUUUGAUACUAUAAGGUUUACAACAAUUAUCGUGAUUAACCAACAUGCUACCGAGUUAUAUACAUCCAAAUAAUAAACCCCCGGUUAGGGUUUAAGCACAUUCCGGGAAAAAAUGGCGACAAGGUACACGACUCUGAGAAUCUCAACCAAAACCCUUUUCCAACACUUUCAAUCUCGCACUGCGCUUCAUUCAAUCAGAACCUUCCAUUCCCAUUCCUAUGUUGCCCCUGGCUCCGACCCUCGUCAAUUUCGUAACCCUUAUUCUGGAACAUUCCGAGGCAUGGUCUCUGCCCCAGACCUCAGUCUCCACGAAGCUGCUUCGCUUGCCCUCGAUAAUCGCGUUCCCGCCACCGUCAUAACUGGCUUUCUUGGCUCUGGAAAGACUACUCUCCUUAAUCAUAUUCUCACAUCCCAACAUGGAAAGCGGAUAGCGGUCAUUGAAAAUGAGUUUGGUGAGGUUGAUAUUGAUGGGUCACUGGUUGCUAGUCAUUCUUCUGCGAGUGAAGAAAUCAUCAUGGUUAACAAUGGCUGCCUCUGCUGUACUGUACGAGGAGAUCUGGUUAAAAUGCUGUUGGAGCUGGUUAAGAAAAAGCGAGACAAGUUUGAUCAUAUUGUUAUUGAAACUACAGGCCUUGCAAAACCAGCUCCUGUUAUUGAAACAUUUUGCAGUGAUGAGCUGGUCUCACAGCAUGUGAAGCUGGAUGGAGUUGUGACUUUGGUUGACUGCAAGCAUGCCAUGAAACAUUUAAAUGAAGUGAAACCAAGAUUUGUGGUUAACGAGGCAGUAGAACAAGUUGCAUAUGCUGAUCGUAUUAUUUUAAACAAGAUAGAUUUGGUUACUGAAUCUGAGUUAAAUAUAUUGACCAAGAAAAUUAAGCACAUCAACGGAAUGGCACAAAUUAAGCAAGCUAAUUUUGGAUCUGUUGACAUGGACUUUGUUCUGGGUGUGGGAGGAUAUGAUCUUGAGAGAAUUGAAUCGGAGGUACCUGGAGAAUGUCCCUCCUCUUCAAGCCAUCAGGAUGAUUCUGAACAUGAACACAAAGGGCAUCAUCAUCAGCAUCAUCACGACCAUGUGCAUGAUUCUGCUGUCUUCAGUGUCAGUAUUGUUGCAGAGGGAACUCUUGAUCUUGAUGAGGUUGACGAUUGGCUUGAGAGAGUGAUUGAAGAAAAAGGAGAGGACCUAUACAGAAUGAAAGGUGUCUUGUCUGUGGAUGGUUCUGAUCAAAGAUAUGUGUUGCAGGGGGUGCAAUCCAUGUUGGAUGGCUGUCCAGGAAAAGCAUGGGAAGCUAACGAGAAGAGAAUAAACAAGCUUGUGUUCAUUGGAAGGAAUUUGGAUGAAACUGCCCUUAGAAAAGGCUUUAGAGGUUGUCUAACAUAGCUUUAAAAUAUACAAACUUGUGUGCGCCAUUUUAAAAUUUCCAUCAAAACAAGUACAAAUAUACAACUUGAGAAAUACUUGAAGAAAGAGGAAUCAUAUGCCUCGCCGAAAAAAGAUAGAUUUUAAUAGUUAUCUCAAGUGAACAUUUUAAUUUA